AUGGCGGAGUUGUCGGUGAGCAUGCGGGCAUAUUGUAAAUUACUUCUCCACGCAGCCAAGUAUCCUCACUGUGCGGUCAAUGGAGUCCUUCUAGCAGAAGACACAAAAGGCAAAGAACACAAGAGUCUCAAAAUCGUAGACUGUAUUCCGCUUUUCCAUAUAACGCUUGGUCUGGCGCCCAUGCUUGAAGUCGCCUUGCUUCAGAUUGAUGCAUUUUGUCGCAGUAAAGGCUACGUUAUAGGAGGGUACUAUCAAGCCAAUGAAAAUUACGAUGAUCUUCAGUUAAACCACAUAGCCAGAACGAUUGGAAGAAAAGUUAAUCAAAAUUUCCCUGAAGCCUGCUUGUUUAUGAUAGAUAACAGACGAGUGAGUCCAGAUGCCGUGUCAGAAGUUUAUAAAGUUUACUCACUGCAGAAAAACAACUGGAAGGAGCUCGAUAACAAGCGCACCGUCGACGAAGACACUCUGAUGGCUGCGUGCACGCUGCUCAAGUCGGAGGCGUUCCGCAAACUGCUGGACUACGACAACCACCUGGAUGACAUCAAACACGACUGGCGCAACCCCGAGGUCAACGACGAAAUCACGCGAUGUACAUAAUGUCACUGUAUUUCUAGGACGUGUGUGUGUAUGUGAGUGUUAUGUACUCAACGACGAAAUCACGCGCUGUACAUAAUGUCACUGUAUUUCUAGGACAUGUGUGUGUGUGAGUGUUGUGUACUGAAAAUUAAGAAAGAAAUUGGCCAGUGUACAUAACGUUUCUGUGUCUCCAGGACGUGUGUGUGUUGUGCAUGGGAAAUUUACAAAGUGUGUGUGGUCUUACUGGAAAUUUACAAAGAAAUUGGUCGGUGUACAGAAAGUGUCUGUAUCUCUUGAAUGUGUGUGUGUUGUUUCUAUACUGAACAUUUACAAGGAAAUUGAUCGGGGUAUCUCUAUGACACUUGCCUGUGUAUUCUGGGGCCUAAUUCUCUAAUACUGUUAGCUCAAUGAAUGAACAAAGUACAAGCUACGUGUUCUGGGUAGGCUUACUGUCACAACCCAGUCUCGUCCCAACCAACCUGGGUCCGUCUUGUCACUGGAAAUAACCAAAGAGAGAUGAGGUGACCACAUGGUUUUGUAUGGGUAAUGUUUUUUGUAGUAAAAUAAAAGGGAUUUUGUCACACAAUAAAAUCCAUUUUGUUUACUAAAAUGUUCACAGAAGCACGCACAAAGUAAAAACCUUGGAAAGAGAGAAAGUGGGGAAUCGUUUGGGGUGUUCGGUGUGUUUCUUAACAGACCACCCAUUGGCUAAAUAACUACAUGUAGGUCUGUGACUGGUAUAUCAAAAAGCUGGGUAUUUGCAGUCCUGUCUGUAGGAAAGUGCAUGUUUAUAGGAUAUUAAACAAGCCUCCAUUUUGUAUCCUGUUUAUGUCCCAAGUGAAAUUGUUUUGAAUUAUCUUUAGCUUUAGUAAGUGACAAACAAAACUAUUUCACGAGGAACAUAAACAUGAUACAAAUGGCAGCAAGUUUAAUAUCCUAUUUAUUACCCAUAAGGUUGUCACGAAGGGUUAGGGUUAGAUGGCGUCACGAAGUGUUACGUUCCACUUAGUGUUCUAAUGGGACGUAUCACUUUGAUUUGUACCAAGAUAUUUUUAACCAUAUGUGUAAUGAACCCAGUUCCUGCUGCUGUUGAAGGUAACGUGGUGGCAAUGAUUUGAUUCUCAGUCUUACAUUUUUGAUUAUAGACCUGAAACAUGCAGGGCUCGAAAUUAACAGCUAGCAAGAGGCAGUUGCCAUUUAAAACGCUUUCUGAAACGGAACAUUUUAUUUUCAUCAUUUCGAGUAGCAAUUGCUUUCAGUUUAAAAAAUAAUUAGCAAAUAGUAUUUAACAUUUUAGAAAAAAAUUUCAAACUUGCAUAGGAAAACACUACACGCUGCGGAACAAAAUGUUACUUUUGAUAACAAAUUUCACAAACAAUUUUUUUCUUCCAUCUUAUAGCAUUGUACAGUUAUUCAGAUAUAAAGAUAUUACUCUCAAUAUUAGAACGGCCCAUAUUAAAUCAGAAUCGUAAUAACGAAAAUAAAUAAAAAACAAAAUGAUUGCAAUAGUUUAAAUGUUUUUUGAGUCUUGAUAAAUUCUAGAGUGUUAACCAUUGGCCAUGUACUUAGUAGUUCAGGAAACAAAAAUAUAUUACCACUAAGGCUGGGUUUCCAUAGAAGUUCACUUUUCACAUGUCAUGAUUAAACUUUCACAAUUCACUUUUAUGACGCUGUCCACUAAGUUCACGUAGACCGAGUUCAUUUGUCUCUCUUGUUUUGCAUACUAUACCAUAAUUUCCAUAUCAUAAAUACCAUAAUUUCCAUAUCAUACAUACCAUAAUCUCAUCAUAUCGUAUCAUUUCCACCCAGUUAGCAACCAAACAUUAAUCAAAGAUUUGUGUAAAGAUUAACCCAAAAUCCGUACAGGAAGAAAUUACAGUAUUUACAUGUUCAAUAUAAUGCAAUAGUUUGUGUAUUAUGUACUUUCAUUUCACUGUACUUCACUGUUCAUGUCACAAAAAAACAAGCAUGUUCGUUUCUUUAUUAACGUGUGACCCCUGACAUAAAAGUGUAAAGUGACACGUGAACAUCUAUAGGGCCUGUACUUUGAACAUGACUUGUUUGUUCUUCGGUUCAUGCGUGAAUGGUGAAGAGUAAAUCAUGACACAUGAAAAGUGAACUUCUAUAGAAACUCAGCCUUAAAGAAGACUUUUCUUUAGAGCAGUGUCCGACAAUAUUUUUUUUUAAUAAUACAAAAAACCAGGUGUUUAAAUAUUUUAAUUAUUAUUAUUAUUUUAAUUUUUAAUAAAUAAGUUGUGUAAUAUGUACAUUAUUAUGGAUACAUGUGUAAAUAUCUAUUAUUAAACAAGAGGAUGUAAUUGUUUAUGUAAAUAUAUUGAAGCUCUGUUAAUUUCUCAUUCAUAUUUAAUUCAAACAUUUGCAUGUCCUGUUAGUAGUGUUCGAUAAUAACUGGUAGUCAUUUUGUAUUGAUGCAAAACAUACAUGUAAACACAAACACAACUAGAUGUACAAUAAACAUUCACAACAGUG